CGUAUGGCCUAGUAUUUAAUUAUCAAUAUUUUAUGAGCCAAUAAUGAAGUGAACUUCUUGGUAGUUUUUGACUAGUCACCUAUCAUAUCGGAACCGCUCUAUUAACACCUUUCAGCCUUUCUUCUCCUUAUAAUUCUUGCUUAAGAUCUGCCUCUUUCUUUGCUACAUGCAUAGGUGUUGUUAAAUUUGUUGUAUUUGGUGUAGUGUUUCCUUAUCUAAUUUGAGUAUUAUUGUGAAAGAUCUUUUGGUAGAAUCCAUCCAUCAUGGAGUCUGGCUUUCCAAGUACAUUUUCUACUUUGCUUGGUCAACUCCCUAAAGAAACAUGGUGGGAUGUUGAUCUUUACAACUGGGAAGGCUUCUGGUAUAGGAGUUCUCACCUUUCUGCUGCUAUCGCUGCAAGGUCAAACUUCCAAGCGAACGAUGACGAUGUGUUUCUGACUUCUUCGAUGAAGACAGGCACCACAUGGCUCAAGGCUAUCAUCCCAACAAUCAUGAAUCCCAAGGGUCGCACAAAUGAUGAUACUGAUGAUCCUUUGCUCAAACAUCAUCCUAAUGAGCUGAUGCCCUCCCUGGAAAUUCAGCUUUUCAAGGAAAGUCCAAAUCCUGCUCUCUCAGGUAUGCCUUCUCCAAGACUAUUUCGAAGCCAUGUCCCUUACCCUAUGUUACCAGAAUCUGUUAAAAACUCUUCUUGCAAGAUUGUGUAUAUUAGCCGAGAUCCUAAGGACACGUUUGUGUCAUUGUGGCACUUUAAGAACUCUUCGACUACCGCUAUGGGAAAAAGUCCAUGGCCAAUGGAUGAAGCAUUUGAGAGCUUUUGCAGAGGGGUUCAUGCCUUUGGGCCAUUCCAUGAUCAUGUUUUAAGUUAUUGGAAAGAGAGUUUAAAGAGGCCUCAGAAGAUACUUUUCUUGAGAUUUGAAGACAUGAAGAAAGAUUCAAAGGGGCAAUUGAGGAAGCUGGCUUCUUUCCUUGGAAGGCCUUUUGCCAAGGAGGAAGAGGUAGACAAAGUGUUGUGGAGAUGCAGCCUGGAAAGGCUUAAAAACCUGGAGGUGAACCAAUAUGGAGUCGACCCUUGGGUAAACAUUGACUAUAAGUUUUAUUUCAGGCGUGGCAUUGUUGGGGAUUGGGAAAACAACAUCACUAAUGAGAUGAAAGAAAGGUUAGACAAAGUUACAGCAAUGAAAUUCGGGGGUUCUGGUCUGGAUAUUGGACAAUAAUUAAGAUUGUAGUUGAAUUGAACCUAUAUUUACUAGGUUCUUUAUGAACCUCUAGAUGUCAUUUGCUUUAUGUAUUUGUCCAAUUAAUGGGUUGGCCUCAUAUAUAAGAACUGCAAGUUUAACAGGUUGUUAAACUUCCCAUUACAAGUCUUGUGUGAGCGACUGAGAGCUUUUCCCCUUGAAUAAGCAUUUCUCUUCUCAAUGAAGAAUAACAUUUCUAGAAAAAAAAAACUCUCUUCCUUUUAAGUUUGAGAUCAAAUUCUGUCUUAGUUUCAGAAUAACUAAACGUUAUAUAUAUUGUAAAACCUAGGAUUAACUGUAAUUUCUUAUAGUCAUUGU